AUGACUUCAGAAGCAUUUCACUCCUUCCAGAAGAGCAAAUCCUUCCUAACCGAUGUGUCUGCGCGCUCCCACCAAAAAUCCCCCGGGGGGAAGCCAGAAACGCGUCCCCGCACCCCGGAUCCCAUGCUGGGGCCUUCCUUCCUCCGCCCAGGGACAAGAGCGCGGCUCCCUCUCCCCCUCGCCGCCUCCGCCCAGGGACAAGAGCGCGGCUCCCUCUCCCCCUCGCCUCCUCCGCCCAGGGACAAGAGCGCGGCUCCCUCUCCCCCUCGCCUCCUCCGCCCAGGGACAAGAGCGCGGCUCCCUCUCCCCCUCGCCUCAUCCGCCCAGGGACAAGAGCGCGGCUCCCUCUCCCCCUCGCCUCGGAUAAAAGCGCUGCGUAAUCCGAGGCGAGAGGGAGCCGCGCUCUUGUCCCUGGGCGGAGGAAGGAAGACCCCAGCAUGGGAUCCGGGGUGCGGAGGCGCGUUUCUGGCCCGCCCGGCUCCGCCGGAUAAAGGGGGCGGGGAGAAAAGGCGUGCAGGAGAGGCCGUCCUCCUCUCCCCACCCCACCUCCAAGUCUCCACCCCGGCGGAGGCGAGCAUGCUUCCCCCGCUGCUGGCCGCCAGCAAGCCGCUCCUCCUGCAGCUCCUCCGCCGCAGCAAGGACGUCCCCAUGGCCGCCGCCGCCGCCUUGCACGCUGCCGCCGCGGCGCCUGCGAAGCAGGGCCUCGUCCUAGGAAUCUAUGCCGCUGAGAAAGAUGCGAGUGCCACACAAUUCACCAAGGCAGGAGAUGCUUUUGAUCGAGUUGUUUCUGGGAAGCUCAAGGAAUUGCUGUCAAUCUCGGGGCCUCCACUGAAGAAAGGGAAGACACGCAUAUUUCAUGGCUUGCAUCAGAACUUCUCCAGCGUGGUCGUUGUCGGCUUAGGGAAGAAAGGAGCAGGCGUGAAUGAGCAGGAGAACUGGAACGAGGACAAGGAGAACAUCAGGGCAGCGAUCGCAGCUGGGUGCAGGCAGGUGCAGGACUUGGAGUUCCCUUACGUGGAGGUGGACCCCUGUGGAGAUCCACAGGCUGCAGCAGAAGGCGCUUUCCUGGGACUCUACGAAUAUGACGAAUUUAAGCAGAAGAAGAAGCCAGCGAUUGAGGUUCAGCUAUACGGGAGCGAUGGAGUUGAAGCCUGGCAGAAAGGCCUGAUCUACGCCCAGGGCCAGAAUUUGGCCCGAACCCUGAUGGAGGGCCCAGCCAACCUUGUCACCCCUACCAGAUUUGCUGCAGUUAUUGAAGAGAAGCUGAAAAGUGUCAGCAGCAAUGUGGAGGUCCAUAUAAGAGAUCAGGCCUGGAUUGAAGACCAAGAGAUGCGAUCCUUCCUCAGUGUUGCCAAAGGCUCUGAGGAACCUCCGGUGUUCUUAGAGAUUCACUACAGGGGCAGCAACGACACCAAGGAGCCCCCAUUGGUGUUUGUUGGGAAAGGAAUUACGUUUGAUAGUGGUGGCAUCUCCAUUAAGCCAUCUUCUGGCAUGGACGCCAUGAGGGCCGACAUGGGAGGAGCAGCCACCAUCUGCUCAGCCAUUGUGACGGCGGCGCAGCUGAAAGUCCCCAUCAAUUUAAUUGGUUUGGCACCUCUGUGUGAAAACUUGCCUAGUGGGAAGGCGAACAAGCCUGGAGACGUUGUGAGGGCCAAGAAUGGGAAAACAAUUCAGAUUGAUAACACAGAUGCAGAGGGAAGGCUGAUCUUGGCAGAUGCUCUUUUCUAUGCUCACAGUUUUAAUCCAAGGGCCAUUGUAGAUGCAGCAACAUUAACAGGUGCCAUGGAUGUCGCCCUGGGAUCUGCAGCAACUGGGGUUUUUACCAAUUCACAACAGCUGUGGAAUCAACUGUUUGAGGCUAGUGUUGUGACUGGAGACCGCGUUUGGAGAAUGCCUCUCUAUGAACACUACACAAAACAGGUUACAGAUGCUCAGCUUGCCGAUCUCAAUAACAUUGGAAAAUACAGAUCUGGCGGUGCGUGCACAGCUGCUGCCUUCUUGAAAGAAUUCGUAACCAGUUCUCAUUGGGCUCACUUGGAUAUUGCUGGUGUGAUGGAGAAUAAAGACGAAGUUCCGUACCUUCGGAAAGGCAUGGCGGGGCGGCCCACGCGGACGCUAGUCGAGUUUGUUACCCGUCUGAGCCAAGACAAGAAGAGCAUCUAGAA